AUGACCGCCGCGCCGACGCCGACGCCGACGCCGAUGCCGACGCCGACGCCCGCGAAGCGGUUCCAUCGCAACAAGCGAGGCGUCAAGGUCUUCAGCAACGCCGUCCCGCGCGGCGCGAUUGGGAAAAACAAAGCGACGACGACGACGACGCCGGACGAUGAUUCUCCCGAGCUCGCGCCGCUCGACGCGGGCGCCUCAGAGUUCCACCCCGCGCCGCCGCAGGGAUCCUACCGCGACGCCGCCGCGCCGUCCGUCGAGACGAUCGCGCGCGGUGACACCCCGAGCGGUCCGCUGUCCAACGCCGACUCCUCGGGGGAAACCAGCGAGGACGGCGACCCGACGGGAGGAGGAAACGAUUCCGCCGAUAAUAACGCACGCGCGGUUGACGAGGCCCAGUGGCCGAGCCUGACGUCAGCAGCCUCGCGUCGGACCGCGCGCGAACCGGUCGCCGCCGCGGCCGCCACCGACGACGACGACGACGCCGAGGAUGAGGAUGACGCCGAGGCUUGGAGGUGCGACGAGUGCCACCAGCGUAACCGCCCGGCGCGCGACGACUGCCGCCGAUGCGGGGUCCCGAGGGUGACCCUCGACGAAUCGCGCCAUCCGCCGCCGCCGCCGCCGAGGAAGACGGUUCCCCCGCCGACGCCCCCGCCCGGACCUCCCCCGCCCCUCACCGUCAUCCGUCGCGCCAUGGAGCGCCGCGACGAGCACCCGCGAGCCGCGUCGUCGUCGUCGCCGCCGCCCGCCCUCGAGAGGCAGGGAAGCCUGCUGAGAACGCUCCUCCCAAACCUCCCCGAGGACGCGCGCGACGGGGAGGACGUCUCGAAGGAGCCCACGACGGCGUGGGCGGACGACGAACGCGCGGACGACCUGCCGACGCUUCCCCCGUCCUUCGCGAACGCGCCGGACGCCAUCGCGGCUGAUGACGUGGCUGAUGACGUGGUUGAUGACGUGGCUGAUGACGUGGCUGAUGACGUGGCGCAAGACUUUGGCGAGGGCUUUGACGCUCCCGUGGACGUCGCACCGCCCCCGGGUUUCCUCCACGCCGACGCCGACGCCGCGCCCGCCACCGACGCGAGUACCAUCGCGCUCGCCGCGCUGCAGGCCGCGCUCGCGGCGGAGCGAGCCGCGCGCGACGCCGCUAACGCCGCUUCGAAGCUCCCCCUCGUUCAUCGGUCUCAUCCCCCGAAGCCCUCCGCGAACUCCGACGAGCUCCUUCUGGCCAGAAUGGACGCCGCGAUGGACUCGAGGCUCGCGCUUCUGGAGCGGUGCCUGUGCGACCAACUCGAGGGUUUGCGUUCAGAGGUGGAGGCUGGGGCGGUGGAGCGCGCGGCACUCCGCGCGCGUCUCGAGCGCCUCGAAGGAGCGAUGGAGCGCAUGCCCGUACUUGGGCGGGCAAGCGGGGAGAGACUUGAGAAAAAGAGCCCGACUUACUCGUGCCCCCCGGCGUCCCACGGCGAGUUCGCACCGGCGUCGCCGCCGCCCGCGCCGAGGCUGGCGCGAGGGCGACCCCCGCGCAUCGUCAUCGACGUCGAGGACGAUGACGACGACCGUUACGACGACCGUUACGACCGUCGGGAACCUCGGAGGACCGAGAGGAGGGACGCCGACGCCGAUGACGUGAUCGAGGAGGACGAGGCCGAGGUUCCCGAGCACAUCCCGGAUGACGAGGUUCAGUCCACGUCGACAGUCCACGUCAGCACGAGUCCACGCGGUCGACGCGAUGCGUUGAUGGCGGAUAUUGACGCCGCGGAGUUCGAGGCGACGCUCGCGGGGUUCAGGUCGCGCCCGGCGCCGCUCGCCGCGAACCCGUUCGAGGGGCUCGCCGACGACGAGGACGAGGACGAGGACGAAGACGACGAACCCCCGCCCGGAACCCUCCAGAAACCUCCGGAACCCCGCAUCACCGGCGACCAAACCCCGCACCACGUCGUCUCGAAGGAGGACGAGGACGAGGACGAGGACGCCGUCCACCCGUCGCACGGGGAAAAGCCGCGGAGACACCGAGGCGCCGUUCCCGCCCCGCCCGACGGUCCGCCGCAACCGCCGCCGCGAGAAGAGACGGUGGAGGAGAUGCUCGCGGCGAUCGCGCUGGAGGAGGAGCAGCGCGCGGCGCGGCACCGCGCGGGCGCGACGGGGGCCGGCGGCCGGGGGAAGAAGGGAAACAGGAAGGGAAACAGGAAAGGGACAAACGUCGGACAAACGUCGGACAACAGACAGGCUCUCGUCGACGCGUACUUGGAGCGGCGAAAGGCGAUCGCCGCGGCUUCCUCUUUCGGCGAUACGCUUCGAGUGAAUGGCGAAAAGCUUUCAAAGCGCAAGGCGGUGCGGUGGGCGGACGAGACCGUGCCGAUCGCGGCGGUGACGGGCGAGCGCAUCCGCGCGUUCGUCAGGGCGACGCCGACGACGGCGCUCGGGGCGAGGCUGGACGACGUCUUCGGCGAUUAG